UUGAAAAUGAGUUUGAAUCUUUUGGAACUUCAAUAGAUGUUUAUUGUAUAUUAUGAUUGGUCUUCGAACACAAUUCAUUGAUUCUUUGUUGAGUUUCGUUUUUUUCUCUCAAGUGAAUGUGUGGGAAAGAGUUUUUUCAAAAUUAUGGCAUAUAUUCUAAAUUUUCUUUUAUUUUCUGCAUUUUUAUUCAAAAAUAUUCAAUCUGAAAGCACAUAUUUGUUAAAAUAUGAGAAAUUUGUGAACGCUUUUCUAUCCCAACAUCUUAGUGAUACCCAUUAUUGUGCUUCAGUUCUAUCACCAUCAGAGUAUUCUUUGAAAAAAUCAUUAGAAGCAACAUUUUUUAGUCCAAGGCGGGUCACACCAUUAAAUGAAAAACAUCAUAUCGAUCUUUGUUGUCGUUCUUCAUACAAAUGUAAUGCAUAUAAACAUAUGGAACUGAAUUCAAAAACCGAAUAUGACGAUAUUCAACAUUGUGAAUGCCUACAUUCGUUCCAAAUAUGUUUGAAAAACCUGAAUACUUCAUUAUCGAAUGAAGUUGCAUUCAUUCAUUCUCUAAAUGCAACAAAUUGUUAUUCAAAUGAUCAUAAAAUCAUUAAGUGUAUUAAAUUUGAGACAUAUUCAAGUUCAAAACAUCAUUUGUUCAGUUUUAUGAACGUAGCUGAACGCGAAAAGUACCUUAAACGAUGCACAAAAUAUGAGUUGGAUGAAAAUAAACCAAAAUAUUUACAAAUUUUUGAUGUGCCACUAAAUGACCAUGUAUUGUUCAUGGCUAAUGUGCAAGCUGACAUGUCUGAAAAGUUUAAAGACAUGAACGGAAACAAAAAAUUUCCAUCUGCUAUCAAGACCGCGAAUUUUGUGUUUUCCGUGCUCAAAAAAGGUUUGGAAAUAUCUUGCGAAACCUACGACACAUUUUUUAAAGAGGUGCCUGAUAAAAUCAAAAUAGGUGAACCUGUAGACGAGCCGAAGCAUAUCAAAGAUAAGGCACAUUUAAAAUUUAUACUUGACAUGGUACAUACAUUAAUUGACGCUACAUGCACUAAUCAAGAGUUUAUUGAAACUGAAAUGACUCCAGAAUCAUCUAGUGAAGAGCCCUCUCUUGGAGCCCGUCCCGCACGUGUUUCGGUUGGAGGUAACAACAAUAUACACAUUGGUUGCAGACGUCGUUAAAAAUUAUAUUUUCUUUAAUAAUUUGGUUUGAGAUGAAAUGAAAAUAAAAAAAUUUUGCCGAAAUGUGAAAAUUACGCGAUUUAAAAUACCACCAAUAAAAUCCAUUAUUUUUUGUGUUGCAUUCAA